AUGGCGCUGCUGCGCGUGCGUCACUGCCGCGCGCUGCUGUACUGCCGGCGCGCGCCCGCGCGCUGCCCCGCGUGCGGGGGGGCCUUGGCGGCCGGGGGGCUGUCCUCGGCGCCAGUCCGGCUGGACUGCCCCUUCCGGCACGGGCACGGACAGCCCCGCGCAUUCCUCGUCAGGCCCACCCGAGGGGCCUUCCUGCGAGGGUACGACGGGAGCUCCGACCUGCACGUGGGGAUCACGGACUCCCGGGGGGUGGUGUACCACUACGACCAGGAGGGUGUGCACAGGGCCCACUCGGGGUGGGAGCAGUGCAUCUGUGUCCCCCUGGUGCAGCCACACACGGGGCAGCUCCUGCACCACUGGGAUGGCCUCCUGGAGGAGUUUGCUGAGGGAGAGGCCUGGCUUCCUCACAGGUAUGACGAGCAGGACCACAACUGCUACACCUUUGCCCUGGCCUUCAUCAACCACGUCCUGAGCAGGCAGGGCAAACAGCCCCUGAGCAAGGAGGAGUUCACAGAGAGGUUCGUGCUCCCCCAGAGCAGAAGAGCCUCCAGGUACCUGAGCCUGCAGCGGGAGCUGGCACACCGGGACUGCUACAUCGUGCCCCUGCCCCCGGGGGGGCAGAGCAGCGGCGCUGAGCACGACCAGCUGCUGCAAUGAAUCAGCU